UAUAAUACAGAAAUGUCGUUUUGUUACGCGUUGUUUAUAGUUAUUUCUCCGGUCAUUGAAAACGUAAAACUGAAAUAAAUACCGAUCAGAUUUUUUUUAAACGUUAUAUUUUUAUGGUUUGAGGUGUAAGACAACUUUGUUUGGUGGUUUGAUGUGAUAAAAACAAUAACUUAAAUGUUAUUUUAAAUCUACUUUUAUACCAUACAUCUGAAUUCACCCAGUGAAAUCAGACACCCAUCAUGUCUGAAAUUACGUAUCCACCUGGGUGCCGACCGAUAAGUGACGACUUGGGGGCCGAUGAGUUGAUUAGGCGGCUUAAGACAUUGGCUCACACGUUACAAGCGAUGGGACAAGAUGAGGGAGCUUAUCAACAGUACAUUCCUUUGGCAAUACAUUUGGCUGACGAUCAAUUUUUAAAUCAUCCGUCUCGUGAUGUUCAACUACUAAUUGCAUGCUGCAUCGCCGAUGUAUUAAGAGUGUAUGCUCCGGAAGCACCUUACAAGGAUUCGGAUCAAGUGAAAACCAUUUUCCUAUUUCUCAUAACUCAGCUUUCCGGUUUAAAAGAUCCAAAAGACGCAGCUUUCAAGAGGUACUUUUACUUGUUAGAAAAUUUGGCGUAUGUUAAAUCGUUUAAUAUGUGUUUCGAGUUGGAAGACUGUCAAGAAAUAUUUUGCGCUCUAUUUCAUCUUAUGUUUAAAAUUGUGAACGACGAGCAUUCCGGUCGUGUUAAGAGCUUUAUGCUGGAUGUGUUAUCGCCUCUUAUUACUGAAAGUGAUAUGGUCAGUAAUGAACUUUUAGACAUCGUUUUGAUGAACGUGGUGGAACCUAAUAAGACACAACGCAAAAAUGCUUAUUUGCUGGCGAAGGAAUUAAUAAUUAAAACUUCGGAUACUUUAGAACCUUAUAUACAAUCGUUUUUUAAUCAUGUUUUGAUAUUAGGCAAGGAUGUAAAAAAUAUUCAAAUUUGUGGGAAGGUUUACGAUUUAAUCUACGAGCUGAAUCACAUCUGCCCACAAGUUUUAGAAGCCGUACUACCUCAACUGGAGUGUAAAUUAAAAAGUGCAUCGGAAAGUGAAAGAUUAGGAGCGGUCGCGUUGUUAGCAAGAAUGUUCAGUGAAAAAGACUCGCAGCUCGCAAAACAGCACACGACACUAUGGUGCGCAUUUCUUGGACGUUUCAAUGAUAUAUCCGUGGCGAUUAGAACGAAAUGCGUUCAGUAUUCCAUGCAUUUUCUACUCAAUCAUCCCGACUUGCGUAAAGAUAUAACUGACACAUUAAAGUUACGUCAGCACGAUGGCGAUGAAAAUGUAAGAUACGAAGUGGUUAUGGCUAUAGUUACAACGGCCCGUCGAGAUUUUCAAGUCGUAUCGGAUUCGGAAGACUUAUUAGAGUUUGUGAAGGAGCGUACGUUAGAUAAGAAGUUUAAAAUACGUAAGGAAGCGAUGUCCGGUCUCGCGAUGAUCUACCGUAAGCAUCUGAAUGAUCCGGAUGUGCCAAAUGCAACUAAGAAGGCUGUCACUUGGAUUAAAGAUAAAAUUUUACACGGUUAUUAUAUGGCCGGUAUGGAGGAUCGGCUGUUGGUCGAAAGACUUUUAAACACUUGUUUGGUUCCGUAUCAGUUGAGCACUUCGGAGCGCAUGCGAAAGCUCUACCAUCUUUUGGGAACGGUAGACGAACACGCGACUAAGGCCUUCAUGGAGUUGCAACGAAAUCAAUUGUGUGUACGUAAACUUGUACUGGAAUGGCUAGAAUUACAUCAUCGAUCUGUAUCGGCGGACAUACAAAAAGAAUUGGCGAUUAAGGUUCAGGCAUUGUCCAGGUGCCUUCCGGAGCCGGUAAAAGCUCACGAGUUCCUAACAAAAUUUAGUGGUCACCUAAGAAGAGAUUCGGCUUUAUUAGAAAGCAUGGAAAUGGUGGCGAGACCGUCUGUUAGUUGUCAAGAAUGUUCUGACGCCACCGCAGUUGUUUUAAAGAAACUAGGCCAGCCUGUCAUGACAAAUUUGUAUUAUAACACUGUCAAAAUGUUGCUGGAAAGAGUGAGCUCGGUGAUGGUAGAUCAUGAAGCUAUACACAUAUUAAUUGGGUACGUAGAAGACUGUUUACGUGGUGGUAAUACUUUGGAAGAAGUCGGUUUACAUCCGGCCACUGCUGGUGAUCGUGGUCUUAAGCUGCUAGUUAUGCUGAGUUGUGUAUUUCCCUCCCAUUUUCAUCAUGCGGAUGUCAUCGAGCAACUGUUGGAAUUAUUACAUUUGGAGGACGAAAACAUUGCACCUUUAGUACUGUCCGUUUUUACAUUUCUGGGAAAGUACAAAUGUUUAUAUGAUCAGUUUCCAAAUUUAAUGGAAAGACUAGCUCCCAUCUGUAAAGACUUAGCAGAGACUGGAACUCCGAAACAGGCGAAAGGUGCAAUUAGGUGUAUAUACAUUAACAUGCCAGAACUUCAUGAUGCACUAUUUCCUGCAAUUUUAGAGACUAUAAAAUCAAAUUUAUGCCCUGAAUCGCCUCACUACAGAACUGCUAUAGUCACACUUGGUCAUAUUGCUUUCAAUGUACCAGAUCGAUGUAAAGUUCAAAUAAAAAAUAUCGUGUCGCGUAAGAUUGUCAAGGAACUACUGGUGAAGGAAUCGCGGGACAACCAGAUUAACCACGACGAUAAUGAGCCCUGGUGUUCGGAAGAUGAUCUACCUGAAGAAACGAGAUGUAAAGUGGAGGGAUUAAAAGCUAUGGCUCGGUGGCUGCUUGGACUGAAACAAGAUACAGCGUCUGCUCAAAAAACAUUUAGGAUGUUAAACGCAUUCAUUCUCCAUAAAGGCGAUUUACUUCAGUACGGCCGUCUGUUAAGAGCAGAGAUGUCGUGGCUUAGAUUAGCGGCGGGAUGUGCGAUGCUUAAAGUGUGUGAACAAAAAGGUGUCGGUGACCAAUAUACUGCCGAACAGUUUUACAAUCUUUCUCAACUUAUGGUUGACGAGGUUAAACAAGUGAGGGAACUAUUUGCAGCAAAACUUCACAAAGGGUUGGGAAGAGGUUUACCAAAUAAAUGUUUGCCGUUAGACUUCAUGGGAUAUUACGCAUUAGCGGGUCGCGAAACAGAGUCGAAGAUCAGAAAUGUAAUACGUAAUUAUAUGUUGACGGACAUUAAUCGAAGACGAGACUAUGUCAAAACACUCACUAUGAAUACUGGACAAGUUGAUAAGGCGUUCAAUCAACUACCUCACAUAUUGCCUGAUUACAUGCUUGUAUUCGCAAUACCGAUAUUGGCUCACGAUCCAGCUUUAAGUCGGUGGGAUGAUGUGCACGAUCUUACUCGUGCCAGACAGUGUUUGUGGUUUAUUCUCGAACCUUUAGUUACCAAAACAGAAUAUUUUAGUUACGGUUUUUAUAAAAGUUUAAUAGAAAGAAUGAAGAAUCACAAGGAUGCAAUCAACCCUGAUGAUGACGCCAUGAACUAU